AUGCGAGUGAUCAUCGUCCUCAGUGUUGUCGUGGUGUUGGGGGGAGGAGGAGUGCAGGGUGCCCCACAAGGUCCGGUGACGGAGCCGAUUCCCAUCAUCCGACAGGAGCAGCAACUUAAUCCUGAUGGCAGCUAUAGCUGGAGUUACGAGACGGGCAAUGGGAUUGCGGCUGAGGAGCAAGGAUUCCUUAAGAAUCCUGGAACGGAGCAGGAGGCUCAGGUUGCUCAGGGCGAGUAUUCGUACACGGCACCGGACGGGCAGCUCAUACGGGUGCAGUACAUUGCGGACGAGAACGGCUUCCAGCCGCUUGGGGACCACCUUCCCACGCCACCGCCGAUCCCACCCGCCAUCCAGCGAGCGCUCGAGUACCUCGCCAGCCUACCGCCGAGUGAUGAUGCCUCGCGAAGGUACUGAGCCAGGUGUUCAUCCCUGUCGAGGAGCAGCCAGCAGCCGGCAGAACCCAACGCUGCCACAACGAGUAGGCUU